AUGGAUGUACCUUUACGAAAACCGUACUGCGUUCUGUUACUCUGCAUGGUGCUGAUAUUCGUAUCAUGCGAAACUAAUGGUAAUCCACUAUCCCCCAACCUGUUAGAUGCCAUAUCAAAAAUUAUAGAAAGGUAUGAGAAAGGAGAGCUAACGGCAACAACCUCCAUUCAUUAUUUUGUGGACCAAAAUAACGUGGAAACCUUGUUUCUUCCUGGGAUUAUCAUCUGGGAUCCAUUACUACAGUACUUUCAUGGAAGCUUACCUUGUCCUCACUGUGGCCAAAUACUGAAACCUAGAUGUUGGAAAGAUGGGAAAGAUUGGAAACACAACAGUCCCAGGCGGCUUGCAGAUAUAGAACAUUAUGUUCUGCUCGUAAGCAGGGUGUACGCAUGCAAAAAUGACCACAGGAUAAUCAGUCAUGACCCUCAAAUUCUGAAGAUGUUUGAACAGGUUGAACUGAUCCCAUUCCUUCUUUUGCACAAGUAUGGUAUUACUCGACGUUUAUACAGAUUAAUUAUCGUUCAUACUGCGUCUGGAAUGAGGUACAGGGAUGUGGAAACACUUUUAACUGAGAUGUGGCGUAGUUAUCACACCGAGGUACGCAUUCGGACAUCAAAAAUAUUAAGUAUGAGAACGUCAGAGGGUGAAGCAGCAAACGACGCGAGUCACAAUGCAUAUACAAUGCCGCAGGUUUCACAGUUAAACCCUAACAGGAAGCUGAUUCGCCAAUGCUUUGUUUACGAUUAUUUUACAAAAGAAAAACUUUACAAUGCACGCAUGGCAUCGUUUACUGGCAGUUGGCUCUCCUCUGACCACACAUUUAAGGUCGCUAGUAAUGUCGGUAUAUGGCAAAAUGGCCAUUGGAUUCGUCAGUUUGACUCUUUGUUUUCUGUCAUGAACGAGGAUGGCAUUGUCCUCGCUUGGCAAUUAACAAGAGGCACUGGUUUUGCAAGAGUAAAGACUUUACUCGUUGGAAUUAUGAACAGGCUUGUAAAAAGCGGAAUUACCUUAGAGGGAUUUUCCAUUGACAACUGUUGCGCCUGGAGGUUACUCCUUCAAGGGGUGUUUGGAGUUAUUCCGGUUAAACUUGAUCUCUUUCAUGCUGUACAACGCAUCGCAAGUAAAAUUAAAAAAAGGCACCCGUUAAGAAGACAGUGCCUCGAUUCAUUUCGUUUAGUUUUCCGAAUGCCGGGCGAUAUUGGGAAGGAACGGAAGAAGUCGACGCCCUCUCGCUCAGUAAUGUUGACAAAUUUAGACAGAUUUGUGGAAAACUGGGAGAAUCUUGAAGUUGCAGGAGAGAAGGUACUUUCAAAAAAUGCCCGUAACCAAUUGGACAAGUUAAGAGCACAUAUUGAGAAAGGUUGCUUGGAAGGGAUCCCUCCAAAAGCAGGAACAAGCAGACAGGAAUCGAUGCAUAAAAGCCUCCGGAAAGGCGUAGAAAAAAGGAGAAUUGGUGUUAAAACAGCAGUGGCAAGCAUAGGUACGUGCCUAUACAGGUGGAACGAAAGGCGAAUAUCAGAAAAGGUAGGAUCGUGUCAUUCGGCAGUUCCUGUCCCAGUCACCGAGUACCAUGACUUGUCGAUGGGUCAAGAAGAAGUAUUUGGUACUGGAGUGUUUCAAAAUCCAAACAGUUUUAGCGACGAUGACUUGGAAGAUGGCGCGGAAGUCAAUGCUAGAGAAAAUGAUUCAACAGGGGAUAGCAGUAGCGAGGAAGAGGAAUAUGGGACUGAUAACGACAACAAUGUGAAGAUCACGACAGAAGACACGUAUCAUAGAGUUCUGGAGUAUGCUAUGUAUAUGAAGAGCCUAUCGCAAGAUUUGCAAGCGAAAUGUGAUGCACCUACAAUGAAAGUAAAUGUGACUCAGUGUGUUGGACGGAGCCUUCUAUUAUUUUCAUCACGUACACGUUACUCCAGGCCAGACGCGGAAGAAUGCGACGAGAGGUUAAACAGCAUUUUAAAUGCAUUUCAAUUCCAACAGUUGCCGAUGCCCGGAGAUGGAGACUGUUUUCUACGUUGCAUUUCCAUCACUUUAAGCUCUUUUCUAACAAUAAAUCAAGGGAACUCAAAACUGAUCACGUACUUGAAAUCGAUCGGUAUCAGCACGGAAAGGUCUAACGAGGAUAAAAUAAACGUUCUCAGACAGUUGAUUGUGCAAGAAUUCACGGGGCCCAAUCGGCACCUUUACGAACCAUUUAUGAUAACAAACACCACUGAUUCAUAUGAUACAGAAGCUCAGAAGUUCCUUAGGCCAGGCCAUUAUGAUUCUGAAUUAGGAAACUGUGUGCCAAUGGCAAUGAGUAAUAUCCUGCAAAUACCGCUGGUUAUUUUUACAUCGAUGGAAAAUUAUCCCAUUACACAAAUAAUUCCUAGAACAAGAGUGCUUUCCGAAGUUCCGAUAUACCUCGCAUAUAAUCAUGGUGGCAGCGGACACUAUAAUUUGGCAGUUGAAGUAACUCACACGCAGUCAAAUUCAAUUACAACUGAAGCAACCAGCAAAGAGGCAAACAAGCAUUUGCAAGUUGAGGCCGACGUUCCCCCUCAACAUGAGGCAGGGUGCUCGUGUGGUCGCGGAAACCCAGGGAAGACAGGGAAAAGUGAAUUCUGCAAACAAUAUAAGUCACGCUGUCCUUGUUUUCGUAAUCUGCGAGGCUGCAAUGAAAAGUGUUCCUGCCGUUUGUGCGCGAAUCCGUUUGGUAGAAAAACUCAAGAAAAAAGGGAUCUUUGGUCCGCUACCAAGAAAGAGACAAAAAAAGAUCUUCAGAAAGAUAUGAAGCAGACAGACAAAGGAUAUAUGGAAAAGAAAACAGAAGAACCCAUCGGUACAAUUUGGUUUGAAGACGAACUGUAUGUCAUUGAAGCGUUGUUCUUGUACUUGUUAGUUACAAGCCAAGAUAUUACCCCGGACAGGGUCUUUGCAGAGUACCACAAGAUAAUAGAAUUCUGCUCAGAAGUGACAAUUUAUCAAAAUGUCUUUUCUCUGCGUCCAAGAUCCUCGUCAGCAAUAACAAAGAAACUACAAGAAAUAAAAGGCAAGUUAAAGGUUGACGAGGAAUUAUUCAAAAACAAAUCCAAUACAACUGGUUUUUGA